AAAAUCCUACAGCUUCUCUCUCUCUCCUCCUCCCCCAGUGUCUGUGUCUCUUCUCAGACCUCUGUUUCAACUCAAGCUUUGCUUCUUCUUCAGCUCUCUCUGCUCGUUCCCCCACCAUUUCCAUACUCCGCUAAGCUCCACAGAGUCCACAGCAGGCUGUCGACAGGCGCGCACUGUACCGUAGAGAUCCCCCGUCUCUGCUCCAGAUGGGUAAAUCCAGUCGCCGGCAAUGAAGAUCACCGGAAGGCCCACCGUCCCCGCGAACACCCCGGCGCCCGCACCUCCGAAGAGUCCCAACCUUCCCCCGCACCCAGAUCUCCUCCCUUCUAAAGCCUCUCAGAGGCCCCCGCGCCGAAGGACCCGGUUGAGGAGGGCCGGACCUCCGACCGGCAAGCGGAGCAGCAGGCCCGAGACUCCCCUGCUCAAGUGGAAGACCGACGAGGGAGAGAGGAAUGCCGUCUCCAUUGACGACGACGACGAGGAGGACGCGCUCCCGGGGGCCCCCAGGAGACGCCGCAGGAGGGACGUCCCUGUGUCGGCCAGGAAGCUUGCAGCCGUGCUCUGGCGGCUGAACCUCCCGGACACCGUGGUUCCCGAUGGAGGAGGCGGCAGUGUCCCCCGCCGGAGCGGGGAAGAGGCUGGUGUUGGACACGUUGCAGUUCCAUAUGUAGGUUACUGGAAUGGAAAGAUUUUCGGGUCAGAAGCGAAGGAUCCAGUGCAGAGCCCCAGUUCGGUUUCUGGCACAAGGAAUGGCUUCUUGUAUAAGCUUGAGCCUUCCUUCCAGUUUUCCAACUCUGCCAUGGAGGGUGUGACAAAGUGGGAUCCCAUCUCUUCAAGAACAUCAGAAGAAGCUCGCCAAUUAUACACUAAUGUGAGACUUCUCGACCGACAAGUGGGCGCUGCAUCAGUGAUAUCUUCACUUGAAGCAGAACUCGAGCAGGCCCGAGCACGCAUUAUAGAGCUUGAGACUGAGCGUCGAACCUCGAAGAAGAAGCUCGAACACUUCCUAAAGAAAGUCAGUGAGGAGAAGGCUGCAUGGAGGAGAAGAGAGCACGAGAAAAUUCGUGCAUUUAUCGAUGAUAUGAAGUCUGAGUUGAGCCGAGAAAGGAAGGGUCGUCAGAGAAUGGAAAUCGUGAACUCCAAAUUAGUGGAUGAGCUAGCGGAAGCCAAGUUAUCAGCAAAGCGAUACAUGCAGGAUUAUGAGAAGGAGAGGAAGACGAGAGAAAUGAUUGAGGAAGUAUGUGAUGAGCUGGUGAAGGAAAUGGGGGAGGAUAAGGCUGAGUUUGAAGAACUGAAGAAGGAAUCCAUGAAGUUCCGAGAUGAAGUGGAAGAGGAGAGGAAGAUGCUGCAGAUGGCCGAAGUUUGGCGUGAAGAACGAGUUCAGAUGAAGCUCGUAGAUGCAAAGGUAGCCCUUGAAGAGAAAUACUCUCAGAUGAACAGGCUUGUAGCUGAUCUUGAGAAACUCCUGAGUAAGUUGAGGAACUCUAACCCAGAACAGAAAGAGCUGAGAGAAUCUGAGUUUCUGCGACAGGCUGCAGCUUCGGUGAAUAUUCAGGAGAUCAAGGAGUUCAGCUACGAGCCUCCUAAUCUUGAUGAUAUAUUUGCGGUUCUUGAGGAAGUUAAUUUCGCUGAAAACAAUGAGAGGGAGAUUGAAGCAUGCAUUGCUUAUAGUCCUGCCUCUAAGAUCCACACGGUGAGCCCUGAGGUGAGCGUGAUCAGGGACCAGAAGGGUCAGAGACACUCGCAUGCUUUCCUCAGUCAUAAUAAAGGUGAUAUCGACGAUGAUGAGAGCGGGUGGGAAACCGUAAGCAACCUUGAGGAUCAGGGAUCGAGCUAUUCUCCAGAAGGAAGUGGCAGUGCCCCUUCUGUGAAUAAGAACCGAAGGGACAGUAAUGUCUCAAGGAGUGGGACUGAGACCCCAGUGACAGAAAUCAGCGAGGUCUGCUCGGUCCCUGCGAAGCAGCUCAAGAAGGCGUCUUCCAUAGCAAGACUAUGGAGAUCAUGCCCUAAUAAUGGGGAAACCCUAAACUACAAGGUGGUAUCGGUGGAAGGGUUGAAUAACGGAAGGCUUUCAAACGCAAGGAUAUCCAAUGGAGGUGGCCUGAUAUCUCCCGAUUGUGGGUCGGGGAAAGGCGGGUAUGACAGCCCCGGGGGGCAGUGGAGCUCUCCAGAAACAGGGAACCCCCAUGUAACGCGUGCGAUGAAGGGGUGCAUCGAGUGGCCCCGUGGGGCGCAGAAGAACAGCCUGAAGGCGAAGCUCUUGGAAGCAAGAAUGGAGAGCCAGAAGGUGCAGCUCCGGCAGGUGCUGAAGCAGAAGAUGUAGAGAAGUGAGAACCAGAUUUUUUUUCGCCUUGCAGCAAUGCAAGUCAAAAAGUCGACUCUCUCGAAAUUAUGAAGGCAGAUCGGAAUGAGUAGUGUAGCUAUCCUGUUGUUAAUCGAUAAGCUGAGGCGCAGAACAGAACUAGAGAAAUGUAAAAGGCAGUAGCACGAAAUCUUCGCGUCAUUAAUCUCAUUUCAUGUAUGAUUUAUUCAAUAAAAACUAUGUGCUAUAUGUUACUGAAUUCUAGUUUCAAAUUCAGGAUUUUC